AUGAGGCCCACUAGACUAGAAGCUUCUCAAGCUCAAGCAUUUACUUUUCUAGUUAGAGACCAACGUCUUGGGGCUAAUGUGGGAUCCGCUCAAUGGCCUACUGGGUUAGGUAAAUAUCUAAUGCGUUCCUCAAUCGGAGAAGUCAUUUUUGGAGGGAAAACUAUGCAUUUUUGGGAUCUGCGUGCUCCUUGGUUAGAACCUCUAAGAGGUCCCAAUGGUUUGGACUUGAGUAGGUUGAAAACAGACAUACAACAUUGGCAAGAACGGCGUUCUGCGGAAUAUAUGACGCAUGCUCCUUUAGGGUCUUUAAAUUCUAUAGGUGGCGUAGCUACCGAGAUCAAUGUAGUUAAUUAUGUCUCUCCGGGAAGUUGGUUAGCUACCUCUCAUUUUGUUCUAGGAUUCUUCCUAUUCGUGGGUCAUUUAUGGCACGCGGGAAGAGCUCAGCAGCCAUGCAAUGGAUUUGAAAAAGGAAUUGAUCGUGAUUUUGAGCCUGUUCUUUCCAUGACUCCUCUUAACUGAUAUAACUGAGACAGGAGAUCCAAUGCUUAAUGUAGGAAUCAAUUUGUGCUUAACGUAGGAAU